AUGCCUGGGAGAAGGAGCUCCCCUCCCCGCUGGGGAGGCCACCUGGGGUGCCUUCCUUCGGCCCCAGCCUGCCGGAUCUGGGAGUCCCAGUCCUGCCCAGUCUGGGAACCGACCCGGCGAUCGCCACUGCUAUGCCGUGACAUGGCCUUGCAGAACGCCCUGUACACUGGAGACCUGGCGAGGCUGCAGGAGCUGUUUCCCCCACACAGCACAGCCGACCUGCUGCUGGAGUCCCGGGCCGCCGAGCCUCGCUGGAGCAGCCACCAGAGGGGACUCUGGUCUCUGACAUACGAAGAGGAGCUGACCACACCCCUGCACGUGGCUGCCAGCCGGGGCCACACGGAAGUCCUGCGGCUGCUGCUGAGGCGGCGGGCACGGCCUGACAGUGCCCCUGGGGGCCGCACCGCCCUGCACGAAGCCUGUGCUGCAGGCCACGCCGCCUGCGUCCACGUGCUGCUGGUGGCAGGAGCGGACCCCAACAUCCCCGACCAGGAUGGAAAGCUCCCCCUGCACCUCUGCCAGGGGGCCGGCACCCUUGAGUGUGCCGAACUGCUCCUGAGGUUUGGGGCCAAAGUGGACGGUCGGUCUGAGGAGGAGGAAGAGACCCCUUUGCAUGUGGCCGCCCGGCUGGGCCACGUGGAGCUGGCAGACCUGCUUCUGAGACGGGGGGCGUGCCCUAACGCCCGUAAUGCCGAAGGCUGGACCCCGCUGCUGGCUGCCUGCGACGUCCGCUGCGCGUCCCCCGCCAACGCGGAGGCCACCACCGCCCGCUGCCUCCAGCUGUGCCAUCUGCUGCUCUCAGCUGGAGCCGAGGCUGAUGCUGCGGACCAGGACAAGCAACGGCCUCUGCACCUGGCCUGUCGCCGUGGCCACGCCGCCGUCGUGGAGCUGCUGCUUUCCUGCGGCGUCAGCGCCAACGCCAUGGACUAUGGGGGACACACGGCCCUGCACUGUGCUCUGCAGGGCCCAGCUGCAGCCCUGGCCCAGAGCCCAGAGCACACGGUGCGAGCUCUGCUCAACCACGGUGCCGUCCGCGUCUGGCCGGGGGCCCUCCCCAAGGUGCUGGAGCGCUGGUGCGAGUCUCCGAGGACCAUCGAGGUCCUGAUGAACACCUACAGUACCAUGCAGCUUCCCGAGGAGGCCAUGGGCCUGGUGCCUCUCGAAACACUGCAGAAGCACCACCGUUUCUAUUCCUCCCUUUUCGCCUUGGCAAGACAGCCCAGAUCCCUGCAGCAUCUCAGCCGCUGUGCGCUCCGUGCUCACCUGGCAGCCCACCUGCCCCACGCCCUGCCCCGCCUUCCCCUGCCAUCCCGCCUGCUCCGCUACCUGCAGCUGGAUUUUGAGGACGUGCUCUACUAG